AUGCUGCAUUUAGCUACAUAUGCCUUAGCGGCAGUCUCGAGUAUCCCACUCGCCCAGGCCAGCCCUCUAUCAAAACCGACAUCUAAAUUCGACUGGUCAUCUACCAAGGCCGUAAUUGCAUUUGGUGAUUCCUACACCUAUGUCCAGGGAACGCAGGGCCGCCAAAACUUUAGUUUUAUUGGAGAUCAAUUCAACCUGGCCUAUGAUACGCAAACUCUACUUUCCAACAAGAUAGUGCAAAACCAGACCGGCACCGCAGAAGGCGGACCCAACUGGAUCGAAUAUCUCACAGACUGCGGCGUCAAAGAAGGCCUAACCUCCCCCCAAAGCUGUAAGAAGCAACUCUGGGAUUUUGCAUUUGCAGGAGCCGACAUCUCAACCAAAUACACACCCCUACACCACAACUACACCGUCUCUCUCGAAAACCAAAUAACUCAAUUCACACAGUACGGCCAUGCAGCGCUGCAGAAAAACAAACAAACCCGCAACCCAGCGACAACCCUAGUCGCCAUCUGGAUAGGAAUCAACGACAUCAACGACAGCGCCAAAUACACCGUCGCCUCGUUCGAGGAAUUCUACCAAACACUCAUGACAACGCUCUUCGCCUCGGUCGAGUCGCUCUACGAGCUCGGGUACAGGAAAUACCUCUUUAUGAAUCUACCGCCGUUAGACCGAACGCCGGGCAACCAAGCAAAGAACAAUCCGAGCCCGAAUGCGACGCAGGUUGCGUGGUAUAAUGAGGCGUUGGAGGAACAGGCGGGGGCGUUUGGAAGCGGGCAUGAGAAUGUCGAAGUGAGGGUUUUUGAUGCUCAUUCUAGAUUGGCGGGGAUGCUUGAUGAGCCUGCGAGAUAUGGAAUUGUGAAUACGACGGGGUUUUGUGCUGGAUAUGACCAGCCGGAUAUUGGGAGCGAGUAUAUGAAGUAUGGCUGUCCUGUGCCGUUGGAGGAGUACUUUUGGUUUAAUACAGGGCAUUUGACUAGUCAUACGCAUCAUGUGUUGGCUGGGGAGUUGGAGGAGUGGUUGGAGAAGAGUUAG